AGCUGUCAAAUGACUUUGUGACUUGGGAGUUGUCAGUCGAGCUUAAAUUUUGAGAAAAUAGUUUAGCCGAAUUUUCGUGCCAAGUGAAAUAAAAUGCAAUUUUAAAAAUAAAAAAAUGUCACAGAAUUUACAAAAGAAACCUUCAAAAGGUAUAUUAAAAACCUCGCGUAGUGUAGAUGGGCAGGAUGGGGUGCCUUCAACGAGUAAGCGACCGAAAGAGCAGCGGUUUGAUGAGAUGAAUAUAAUGGAGACCUUUCAUCCCCCGAAUAAGGAUUAUGGGCAUAUGAAAGUAGACGAACCAAAAACACCAUAUUCCGAAGCUGUAGAUAGCGAUAUGGAGCCUAGUGAUGAGUUAGAUGCGAAUAUUUUGGCGGCGAAAUUGGCCGCUAGUAUGAACAAGCCACCCAAAUGUGUGGAUAUGAGCGAGAGCGAUGAAGACGAGCCGGAAGAGGUUAAGGAACGGAGGUUAGAGUUCGAAAAGAAAAGGAAAAUGCAUUACAAUGAGUUCCAGGCACUGCAGCUGGCGAGACAGCUGAUGGCACAAGAAGAAGAGGAGGAAGAGGAAAAGGACCAAGCAACAAGCACUUGACUGCGUAUACAACCACUGACACCAUUAUAUGCCAAGUGUUGUCAAUGGAUUACUCCAGCUGGUUUAAGCAGACAAUGUAUAUAUAUGAGUUGUUUGUAACGCCAUAGGCAUGUGUUCCUGAUUUUACUGUAUGGAGUUGAAUGUGUGUCUCCAAGUGGUUAAAGGGAUUUGUGAAGGUCACCAAUUAUCUUGUGUUAAAAAAUGUCAUUAAAAUGUCAUAUAUUGUAUUAUUAUAUAUUAUUAUAUAUGCCAAUGAUUGGUCAUAUAGUUUUUAAAUCCGCUUAUAUAAAAAAAGGGGAGACUGCAAUGUGCAAUGUAUAGAAACAUACUUCAAUAAGUUGUGUUUACGGAUUGUUUCAAAUUGAUUUCAAUGGAUUAAUAAGUAAACUUAUCAAUAUGUUUAAAUAUGAUAUAAAAUAUUACUCACAUAAUAUUUUUUAAACUUUAAUUAAAACAAUUUAUGUACAAUGUAAAGAAACAAUAUCUCCAAAAAAUUAUAAACCUAUAACUAUUGGCUAAAAUAAGUACAAAAAGUCUAUAACGGAAUAUAUUUUAAAAUUCAACACAUUUUUAAUUCAACAAGUUAGUGUUGCUGUGAUAAAUAAGUAAUCAAAGUGACCUUCAUGAAGCCUUUGUUAUUUUGUUUAUUUUUUUCUAUUUAACAGUAUGAUGUACUGAUGUACUGAUUGUAACAUGAAUAUGAAUUCAUAGAUCAUACUCUAACAUGAGUCUUUAUUUUGACAGGCAACUUUUCAUUCAUUAAGAAAUUAAUAAAAUACUAACAAGAAGGAAUUGAGCUAGUAUUCUAGAGAAAUAGAAAUCUAGGAAUCGCACAAAUUACUAAAUAAGAUUGUCUGUAUGAUAGACAUUUUAAUUUAUUACUAAAUAAAAGAAUGUGCUGCUGGAUUGAAAAUAUUCUUUUUAAGAUUAAUAUGUCGAAGAAUACUAGGUCUUUUCUUUAUGAAUAAUAUAUUUUCACAUAUUUACACACGAUUUAAAUAGAUUCAAAGUACAUAUAUAAUUUCGCUUGAAAUCCCGAAUUUCUUAGAAUAAAUCGAAACUAUAUUUUUAUGGAAUAGUUAUGUAGGUGAAGCGAGAUGAUAAAUUUUUGUUAUCAGUCGUGCGUUUUAAUGGCGGUCUUGCGAAACGAUAUAAAAAAAAUAUUAUUUUAUCGUAUUGGUGUGUGAAAACUAUCGAAUGUGUUAGUAACAUAUAACAGUAACUUAAAAGUUAAAAUAAACGUUAAAGGAAAAUUUAAGCAACAAUGUUUUAUUUGUAUUUUUUAUAUUGUUUUGUAAAGACCGGGUAAUGGCUGUAGAUGUGGCUUCCAUUACGCACUUAGUCAGAUGAUAAGAUAUUAUAAUAAUAAUAAAUUAAUAUAAAUAUUCUGAAAACUCGACUUUGCUAAUAGAGUUAUAUUCAAGAUUUGAAUCGAUUGUGAUACAAUGAGAUAAAUUCAUCGAUAAAGACUUCUUCGAGAUACUUACAUAAAUAAUAUAUCUAUAAUAAUUCGUUUCGACAAAAAUGAUAGCAAAAUAUGCAUUUUAAUUUCCUUCGCCAUAGAGUUUUAUUGAUUCGAUACUAACCUAAAGUAUUGUUCAUAAUAAUAUUCUAUUCGAUUGUGUAGACUGAUUUAGGCUGUAGAAAUGUUGGAUAUAUUAAUGUUUUGCAAUAAAAUCGUAGUCAUGGUUAGAUUUUAAAAUAGCAAUGAACUGAAUUUUUAAAUAAAUGUCGCGUAUAUAACAUAUUUGGAAUUAUUGUAGUUGAUACUGUGCGGUAAUAUUUGUCAGUAGUUUAUUAAAAUUAGAAAAGAGAUUUUUACGUUCCUACAAAAAUGACGCUUUUUCUUUAUAAUCAUGAUUUCAAUGUAUUUUAUGCGAUAUAAGAUAAUCAAGUUUAAACCGUAAUCGUGUAUCUCAAACUUAACAGCGUUAGGUAUAGCAUUGAUAUGAGAUGAAAAUAUUUUUGUGUUAGUUUAUAUGUAUUUUAUUAUGAUCUAAUCUUGUAAUUGCAUUGAUUUGCUUUUGCAAUGUGUAAUAUUAUAUAUUUAAUUCAUUUAGUAGCAUAAAUUGUUUUCCUAAAUACGUCUUCUGAAAUUAUCUAUGCGAUUUAUAUUAUUGGCGGAGAUCUUUUAUUGGGUGGAGUUAUUGGUUAAAAGAAGCAUGCUUUCACAUUCUAACCCAAUAACGAACGUCGAACAGAAAUAAUAGAAAUUUGUUGUCAACGUAACUUAUAAUUCUGUAUCUGUUCAAUUUGUUAUAAAUUGGCCUUAAAAAUUUGCGUAUGAAAAAAAAUCAUAGCUUUUAUUAAAAUGUGUAAAUAGCAAUAAAGAUCUACUUUGAAAA